AUGUUCCGAAAAAGCCUCCUGGACUUCUCGUGGCUGCCCUGGGCCGUCGGAGGGAGCCUCUGCAACCGGCGACCGGCGACGAGGGCGACCUGUGACUGUGAGGAGUCAGAAAGACAGCGCGUCCUCGUGGUUGGAGCGGGACUGACCGGCUGCCUGGUGUCCAACCUGCUCAGGCGGCAGGGACCGCCUGGGCUGGAGAUCGAAGUCUGGGAGCGUGCCACCUACCCGUCAGGUCGCUUCGGUGCCACUUUCUCCUUUGAGAAGAAGCCUCUGCGAAAUGGUGGUCGGUCUGAUGGCACAGGAAACUGGGUCGACCUCGGAGCCCAGGUGCUCUCGGCGGUGGAGGUGGGCUCCGGGCAUCCAAAUGCCGGGGCCACUGGGCACAACGUUUCGGCUUCUGAUGUGGCUGCUUGUUGGAGGGAAGUGCAAGGAAUGGUGGACGAGGGGUUGCUCGAGCGAGUGCCUGAAGAGAUGCUAGCAGAGACAGAGGAGCGGAUGAAAUACGAGGGCCUGUGGGCGCACUUCUGGUGCAGAUGGGGCCUCGGCUAUCUGCUGAGGAGAUAUAUUUCCCAGGCCAGUGCGCACCUGCGCCUGGGAGUGCGAGCCGAGGCGAUUGCGUUUGAGCGAGGUGGGCAGGUGACUGUGCGCGGCAGCGCACGUGGCUGUGGUGGAGCAUCGUCUAUGCAAGCUCAGGCAGAUGUGGUCAUUCUAGCUGUCCCGGCACCUGACGCAGUAAAGGUGGUGCAGCUCCCACGGCACGUUGCAAAUACCAUAUCAGGAAUCGAGUAUGAUAGCCGCACGGCCGUCGCGAUUUUCUUCGAUCCGGUUCUGCAAGAGCCUGUCGCCCGUGCAUUUCAGGGGCUGGCGGAAGUAUCCCUGGAUAUCCACUCCAAAGAAGAAGUGCACCUGGUGUCCUGGCAAAAUGCAAAGGACAAAAGCUUCGCUCAUGGUGACAUUGUUCGACUUGUGGUACACUCGGCGGAGGGCGUUUCACUGAACGGGCCAGGUCCCGCCUUAGAGGCCCUUUCAGUCAUGCUCGGGCUGUCAGCUGCUUUGCUUGAGCAUCUUCUACUCGACUGGAAGGUGGUGGAUUGGAAAGUUUGCCAGAUGGUCCGGCCUUUCGAAAGUCUUCAGACCGACCUGGAGCUGGAGCUCUCGGAGCCAGCGCUGAGAGUCAGCGGUUCGCCGAUCAUUUUGGCAGGCGAUUACUGGUGCCAGAGCAGCUUUCUAGGCUGCUUCUGUUCGGCGAGCGCCGCAGUUCGCCAAGCCCUGGCAAGUCUGAGGCGUUGCCCACCAGAGACGUCUUCGCGACGCAACACAUGCUCGACGGAUGGGCAUUUGUGA